GAGCGAGCUAUAUAUAAAGCUAGAGGCUGUUUGUCCAACAAACCCUCAAAUCAUUUCGUCUCCAUCUGCUUCUUUCGGCGCCGUGUUGAAGUAAGAAAUCAUGUCUCAUCGGAAAUUCGAGCACCCUAGACACGGAUCUCUCGGCUUUCUCCCAAGGAAGCGAGCUUCUCGUCAUCGCGGAAAAGUGAAGUCUUUUCCAAAAGAUGAUCCUACUAAACCAUGUAGGUUGACUGCUUUUGUGGGCUACAAGGCUGGGAUGACCCACAUAGUGAGGGAAGUUGAGAAACCUGGAUCAAAGCUUCAUAAGAAAGAGACAUGUGAAGCCGUCACCAUCAUUGAAACUCCUCCAAUUGUUGUUGUUGGAGUGGUGGGAUAUGUGAAGACACCACAAGGCCUUCGCACACUGAAUACUGUUUGGGCUCAACAUCUUAGUGAAGAUGUUAAAAGGCGAUUUUACAAGAACUGGUGCAAAUCAAAGAAGAAGGCUUUCGCCAAGUAUUCAAAAAAAUAUGAAACUGAAGGAGGAAAGAAAGAUAUCGAAUCCCAGCUUGAGAAAAUGAAAAAAUAUGCCACCGUUAUUCGUGUUCUUGCUCAUACUCAGAUAAGGAAAUUGAAUGGUCUAAAACAAAAGAAAGCUCAUUUGAUUGAGAUCCAAGUUAAUGGUGGAACUAUAAACCAAAAAGUGGACUAUGCAUAUAGUUUCUUUGAGAAGCAAAUUCCAGUGGAUGCUGUUUUCCAGAAAGAUGAGAUGAUAGAUAUCAUUGGAGUUACUAAAGGUAAAGGUUAUGAAGGUGUUGUGACUCGUUGGGGCGUCACUCGUCUUCCACGAAAGACACAUAGAGGUCUCAGGAAGGUUGCUUGUAUAGGUGCCUGGCACCCUGCUCGUGUUUCUUUCACGGUCGCCAGGGCUGGUCAGAAUGGAUAUCAUCAUCGUACUGAGUUGAAUAAAAAGGUCUACAAGGUUGGCAAGUCUGACCAAGAGUCACAUACAGCCAUAACUGAAUAUGACAGGACGGAGAAGGAUAUUACUCCUAUGGGUGGUUUCCCUCAUUAUGGUGUGGUGAAGCAUGAUUAUCUUAUGAUCAAGGGAGGCUGUGUUGGACCAAAAAAGCGGGUUGUUACUCUUCGUCAGUCGCUGCUCAAGCAGACAUCUCGAUCAGCUCUUGAAGAUAUCAAACUGAAGUUCAUCGACACCUCUUCCAAGUUUGGACAUGGCCGCUUCCAGACUACUCAGGAGAAGCAGAAGUUUUAUGGUCGGUUGAAGGCGUAAUUUAUUUUACUAUGGUUCACUAUAAUUUCUGUUGAGAGAACUCGCCUUGCAAUCAGUUUUUGUACCAAAAUAAGUCAUUUAGUGGUUUUCUUAUUUGUUAGAGACAGAUAUGUGUUAUUUGCUUUGGAGCAAUUGUAUUUUUGCUGAUUUAGUUAAAACGGCUAAAUGUUUGAUGGUGAUUACUAUCGAUGUUGUUUUCAUCUAAUGCUGUUUUGUUAGUGGUUAUUCUGUUGAUCAAUUGUAUUGAUCUCGUGUUGUUUUGUUAGUGGUUAUUACUGUUGAAUGUGAUAUUCAUAAAAUGUUUGAA